CUGUCACCACCAGAUGUAAUCAGCACAGUGCGCCGCCAUGGCCGACGAAUCUACGGAUCAAGGCGACACAGAAUCUUCGAAGAGGAAGGAGGGGAGUCGCGAUGCAGAGGAUACCGGCGAGGGUGAAGAGACCGUGGAGGACAGCGCAGAGGAGGAGUCCGAUGACGAUGAUGAAGAGGAAGACGAGCCCAAGCUGAAAUAUGCUCGGAUGACGAGCCAACUGGCACCGGUUUAUAGAAAUGGAGAUGCUACAAGUUGCUUCCUGGUGGGCGGGGACAAGAUGAUUAUCGGAACGCAUAAUGGAAACAUUCACGUCCUGUCUUUACCAUCCUUCCAAUCUCUGCGAGUAUACCACGCCCAUUCCGCCUCUACCUCGAGCAUAUCGAUAUCUCCAUUCCCUCCACCAGUGACAAACCCUGUCCCAGAGGGAGUCAGUAGAGUAGUGUCUCAAGCGCAAACAACUCGAGGAAGUCCCUCCAUUAAAUCGGAAGCUUCCACGGCUUCUCCUCGCACUCCCCGAGUCCAUCUCGUCCCGAACACAGCAUCGAAUGCGAUAUAUAUCGGAACAUCCUCGAUUGAUGGAAACGUCUGUAUCCAGUCUCUGGUGGAUCCAAAAGAUGUGCAGUUACGGAAUUUUGGCAGACCUGUACAGGCUGUGGCUUUAUCGCCAGAAUAUAAGAAUGAUCGGACAUACAUAUCAGGAGGUUUGGCCGGGAAUCUAGUACUUACCGUUGGCGGAAAAGCGGGAGCAUCUCAGUCGACAACAACCGGGACAGCAGCAGCUACAGCGUCGGGCUGGUUGGGCGCCAUUGGUUUGGGAGGCAAUGCUGGAAAGGACAGCAUUCUCCAUUCUGGAGAGGGAGCCAUCAGUACCAUUAAAUGGUCACUAUCAGGCAAGUAUGUGGUCUGGAUUAACGAGCAUGGAGUGAAGAUUAUGAGGUCGCAUCUACAUCUUGACAGCUCCGACCUUGACUCUGCAUGGAAAAGAAUAGGGCACCGUGACCGGCCACAGGACAACGGAUGGGAAGAAAUGGCAGGUGUAUGGAAAGGUCGGGCAGAGUGGAUUGAUGAAAGGAGUCUCGAAACAGACGAUGAUGAUAAAGCUCGAGAAACGUCUGUCUCGUCUCCCGCGACUGCAAAAUUGAAACAGCAGGCAUCGAAGGGCAGUCAAAAGAUUGAAAAGCUCGUUGUGGGUUGGGGAGGAACCAUUUGGAUCAUGAAUGUGCAUCCAGGCGGCGUUGGUGUUGGUAAACAUGUCGGGGAAAGAUCAGUGGGAAAGGCCGAGCUCAUCAAAAUUUUACACAUGGAUUGCAUUAUUUCUGGAUUGUCGUUAUAUACCCCAACUUUGCUUCUUGUUCUUGCUUACGUUACACCGGAUGAUGAUGAGGAUGAAGAAGAAGAGGAGAAAUUGCCGAAAGGACACAAGUCCAAAGCCUCGACCGCAUCUACAAGCAGUGAGCCGCGAGGUGGCAUUCGGAGAAGGCUCAAUGCGAAAUCACCAGAGCUGCGUCUCAUCGAUCUAAAUUCGUCUGAGGAGAUUGACACCGAUACUUUAACCGUCAGUCGGUUUGAACGACUUUCAGCAACUGACUAUCAUCUCGGAGUUCUGCCAGCCGCACGCGCAGCACCUGUUUCUCAAUCAUCACGUGGCACCUUGGAGGCUUUGGCAGGCAUGGGAAGUGGAAUGUGGAACGCCACGAUUAACGCAACUACGCUUCUCAGCUCUGGAGCCAGCGUCCACAGCAAUGGGAGCAAAGGUUCUGAUGUAAAGCAGAGUGCUGCCAGUAGUGCUCGAACGAAGCCUGGGCAACGGUCACCUGCUGCCCAUCCGAAUAUUGCUGUACCGGGGAUGAAGAUAUUCAUACACAGUCCAUACGACUGUAUAUUGGCAACAAAAAGGGAUCUUUCAGACCAUCUUUCUUGGCUUUUGGAACACGAGAAAAAUAAAGAGGCAUGGGAACUGAUUGAUGAGCAUCCAGAAGUCAUCUCCGCGUCACCGGAAAAACUUGCCGAGAUUGGACCAGGCGUACCAGAUCAAGCACAAGGAAGCACUGACGACUUCUUUGAUGAUGCCUCGACUGUUAACUCUGCGAGCAAGCUGAUAAAUUCAGCUGUAGAGAAAGAGAAGCGCAGAGUUGGUGAGCUUUGGAUCCAGCAAUUGAUCAAGGCCGGUGACUGGGUGAAUGCAGCUAAAGUCUGUGGCAAAGUUCUCGGUACUGCACAGCAGUGGGAAGAGUACGUUUACACUUUCGUUGGCGCUGGCAAGUUUGACGAAAUAACAAACUAUAUCCCAACGACACAGCUGCGACCUCCGUUGAAGUCGGAGAUCUAUGAAGUAAUACUGGGACAUUAUGCGGCCCGCAACAGACCUAGGAUAAGAGAGCUGCUUGAUCAGUGGCCACCUGAUCUUUUUGACGUCAAGAGUGUCACUACAGUGCUAGAGAAUCAGCUCAAAUAUCGCGAUGUUCGCCAAGACAGCAUUGAGGACGGCGAAGUUGGAAGAGAUUGGAGGAUAGUUAUGGAGAGUUUGGGCAAGCUUCACGUUGCUGCUGGACGACCACGAGAAGCCUUGAAGUGCUACAUCCAACUCCAAGAUGCAGACACCUCCAUGAACUUGAUCAAAGAGUAUCACUUAGUGGAUGCUGUCGCCGACGAUAUUCCGGGGCUGAUUAUGCUUCACGUUUCGAAGGAGCAGAAGCGAACCGCCCCAAUUGCUGAACUGCGCGAAUUGACUUCGGAAGCAAUAUCAUUGCUUGUUGACGAAGCUCAACAUGGCCUUGUCAGUCCACAAGUUGUUGUAUCUCAAUUGCAGGAGAAGAGCAUGACUUUAUACCUGUUCUUCUACGUCAGCUCACUUUGGAGAGGCGAUGGUAUUGAAGAGCACCAAGGAGAGAGCAAGGAAAAGCUCAUCGCGGAGAGCAAAUCCCUCGUCGACGAUUUGGCCGAUCUUGCUGUUCAUCUAUUCGCCAUGUAUGACCGAGAGCUAUUAAUAGAGUUCUUGAAGUCGUCGACAUUUUACACGUUCGAAAAGGCAACGCAAGAGUGCGAAGAACGAGAUUUUAUCCCAGAACUAGUCUACCUCUACUCCAAAACCGGGCAAACCAAACGAGCCCUCACCCUCAUCAUCGACCGCCUCCGCGACGUCUCCCAAGCAAUCGUCUUCGCCAAAUCCCAAGACGACACCGAACUCUGGAACGACCUCCUCGACUACUCAAUGGACAAACCGCGAUUCAUCCGCGGCCUCCUAGAAGAAGUCGGCACAGCCAUCAACCCCAUCACCCUCGUCCGCCGCAUCCCCGAGGGUCUCGAAAUCGAAGGUCUCCGCGAGGGUCUCUCCCGCAUGAUCAAGGAGUACGAAAUCCAGCACAGUAUCUCCUCUGGCGUCGCUCGAGUCCUGAGAGGCGAAGUCGCUACGGCCCAGACGACACUGCGUGCCGGCCAGCGCAAAGGCGUCAAGUUCGAUAUCGUGCGUAAACCAGGGCACCACAUCGACGUCGAAACUUCCGACAUCCCAACCACCACCGACGGCGCCGCCGCCUCAGAAGUCGCAAGGGAGUUCACCGAGAACGCUAGUGAGCCUGCGCCUCCUGAGCCAGGCCACUGUGUUGGGUGUAGGCAGCCGUUCUCGGAUUUUGAGGUUGAGACUUUAGUCGGGUUUGCGUGUGGACAUGUCUUUCAUUUGAGCCAUUUGUUGAAUUUUGGGGCUGGGGAGGAUGGGACGAUUACGCGGCCGGAGGUAGAGUUGGACGAGAAUGGGGAGUGGACUGCUACGCAUAGUGUGGGUGCUAAGGUUACGCAUGCGAGGUUGUUGAGGGAUAGGAUUACGGAUGGGUGUCCUGUUUGUACGAGGGCGAAGGAUGCGUUGUCUUAAACAAGAGAGUUCAAAGGCAAAUGGAGUGUUGGUGUUGGGGUUGGUGGGGUUGUUGGUGUUGACAGGCAGGGAAGGGGAAGGGCGAGAUUUUGUUCUGGCAUAGGUAGCGUGCAUCUUUUUAUAUCAUAUCAUGGCAUCGCAUUGGUUAGUAGCUGCUGGGUCAGACGAGCAUGAGUUAGAGCAGCCUUGAUGAGGCUACCUAGAUAUAAGAAGCAAGCUGUAUCAUCUGCCCAGGCAUCAGUCUCCAUCCUCUCGAAAGACGCAUAUAAGUUUCGUCUUUCCUCCUUCCUUUCGCAUUUCAUGAAUCUCAUGAUGGAACUCUCUUUAUUCAACCACGUUUUCACUCCUCCCAGACCUCCAUCUAAAUCGUAGACAUCCUCGCAAUCCCCACAUCCGUCUCGUCCAUCCUCGGACUCUUCCCAUUAACAUACAACCACAAACGACUCAGGUCCUUAACCUUAAACCGUAUCUUCUCACCCCCAUCCCCCUCUCCGUUCCCACUCUUUCCCUCCCCCUCCCUAUCAACCCUCCCCUCACCAUUCACCUCCCCCACCUUUCCCUUCCUCGUUCCCUUCCC